ACUCAGCCUUUAGGCUCACCUUUGACCUGUCAAAGUCCGCGCGGAGGGAUGGAGAGAAGGGAGGGAGGCAGCUUUAAGAUGCUAUAACAGCUAAUCAGUGACAGGUGAACUCCAGCUUUAGAGUUGGACUUCAAGCUGAGACGAGCUGACAUGACCACCUACAAGCCAAGGGUGAUUUCUCUGACCAAGAAUCCAGGUCAAACGUUUGGUUUCUAUCUGAGAGUGGAGCGAAAUGAGGAAGGUCAUCUGAUCCGCUGCCUGGAAAUGGGAGGUCCAGCCGAACUGGCUGGCAUGAAAGACGGAGACCGCAUCCUCCGGGUGAAUGGAACAUUUGUUGAUGGGCUGCCCCACUCAGAGGUGGUGGAGUUGGUGAGGAACGGCGGGGCAUCUGUCGCAUUCCACAUCCUGGAUGAAUCAUCUUACAAACAAGCAAAAGCUUUAGGGGUAAACCUUUCUGACCCCCAAAGCACACCAGUGACCAACGGAGUGGCCAAAGAGGCUCCAAAACCCAAACUCUGCUACUUGGUGAAGUCUAGCUCAGGAUAUGGGUUUUCUCUUCGCUCAGUCAAAGGCGAGCAGGGACUGUUCAUGGCUGAGGUGGCCGCAGGUGGAGUAGCAGACAACGCUGGAGUCAGAAACGAAGACCGUCUUCUUGAGGUCAACGGAGAGAACAUAGCAAACUCUACACAUGAUGAAGUGGUAGAAACUAUCAGAUUGGGGGGGGGGAGCGUCAUGUUCUUGCUUGUUGACAAAGAAACAGACAGGUUCUAUUGCAACAAAAAAGCCAAGAUGGGAUCAUGGUCGGCAACGGUUAAGUUUCUCCCCCUGCAACCGCGUAUCAUCAAUAUGACCAAAAGAUCAGAUGGAUAUGGAUUUCUGCUCAGAGAGGAACAAGACAAAACAGGACACUUCAUAAGAGACAUAGACAAAGGCAGCCCAGCAGAAAAAGCUGGUUUGAGGGACAUGGACAGAGUUGUUACUGUAAAUGGAAAGGAGGUGGACAGGUGCAGCCAUGAACAGGUGGUGGACAGGAUCAAGCAAGGUGGCAACAAAUGCUGCUUACUUGUGGUGGACAAAGCCACGGACCAAAUGUACAAGCAGGGUAAAAUCUCUCCAAUGCUUUUCUGGGACAAGAUGAAAGACUCCAACUCCCCACCCAGUUACAUUGAAGCUUUGAACUUACCUGCUCCUGCCCAACCAUCAACAAAUGCAAAAGAUAGGAAGGAGGAGCUCAGACCCAAAUUGUGCAGGAUGGAGAAGACCCCUGCAGGCUAUGGCUUUCACCUAAAUGGCAUUGAAGGGAUGAAGGGCCAAUACAUCACAGAGGUGGUGAAGGGCGGCACAGCAGACAAGGCUGGUCUGGAGAAUGACGACAUCGUGAUAGAGGUGAACGGGAAGAACGUGGAGCAGAGCACCCAUGCCGAGGCAGUGGAAAUUAUUCGCAGAAGUGGCAACUCUUUGGAGUUGUUGGUGGCUAGCAAGAAUGUCUACACACAGCUCAAAGCCAAUGGUGUCACAAUCACACCUCUUCUCUUUGGGGAAACACCCAGGGGUAAAGCUCGGAGUGCAGGGCCUCCAGAACCCAACAGAAAGGAGAUACAAGAGAUGACCGAAGGGGAAGCCAGGCCUGAAACUCCACCUCACCGGGAAAAACAGAGGACGCCCUCCGUGUCGUCAUCGUCUUCGUCCGAAGGAAAUUUCGAUGAGAGACUCUGAAAAGGCGCCUGAAGGAAAACGUCUCUGUGACUGAAUCUAAUGAUUUUCCUUUUUUUCCAACAAUAUGCUCUCUAAGCUUGACUCAUUGAGGUGAAAUCACAUUAAAAGUGAUGACAAAAAAAAUGUAAUUGCAGCACGGGACUGAAAAAUUUACCCCUGGAAUCUGAUUCAUGGCAGAAGAGCCAUACUUUAAACUGACAGCAAAAAACAUGCGUGCCUUUAGGGACGUUUCCAGUGCUCUUCCCAUUCACUGGAACCCCUAAGUAGAGGUGAUACAAAUAAUAAAUUCGCCUUUUGUUGCAGUAGCAUAAUGCAAACCUUUAAUUUGCAUACAUGUUCCACAGGCAGGUGUGGGGUGUUUCUGAAACUAUAGGUAUCUGUCGCCUUUUUAUAUAGGCUUUCAAGUUUUAGAUGAUCAGAGCAGAACCUUAAACUUGUAAUCCACGAUUUACUGUUUCUUUAACAUAUAAAAUAAUGACGCAGCCCAGAAACCCGUUUCUCUUAGCCACUCUUCAAAGUGGAAAGGUAAAAGAGCAUAUCAUUUCACCCAGAAUAACUGUAUUACCAUCUUCAUAACAGACAAUGGCUACAAGAAGAUAGCUACUCAAUAAGUCUAGUCAGAACAAUAAGUUUUAAAGAAACAGAGGCGUGACAAACAAAGCUGGAUGUCAUCUUACCACUACAGUAGUAGUAAGAAGAACCAUGAGGGAGGUUAAAAAAGCUCAUUGUAAAAUAACUUUACCAAAGCUUUGGUUUGUAAUUAUACCACUGAAAUAAAAGAUCCAUUUAUUUUAAUCCUUUUUACACAAUUUUUACCACAGGUCCCAAUAAAUGUAUUUUGGGUGCUGUAUUUUGGUUUUGAUCAAAGCAUCUGUAUUGAUGAGCAGCCACUUUUACAUACCUGAAAUAAUCAAUGUUAAAAAAAAAUUAAAGUCAUCUACAUAUGCAGUAAA